AUGCUGACCUCCCGGUGCCUCAAAGGAGUGACCGUCGGAUUCCCACUCAAAAUAGAGGAAGUGAGCGUUGACUUCAACAAAGACUUCAUCCAAAGGAUUGUCUCCAAAAUGGAUUGGUCUGUGAACGCCACGGAAGACCUACUGAAGCGCAUACACCACGCGUUGCUUGAGAUCGAGAUAAUGAACGGACAUCUGGUUUGUCCG